CUUGUCGACUUUUCUCAUCUGGGUGCAGGAAUCCAUUUCAUUUUUCUGCUUUUCGUUGUCGGCAAACCCUUGCAGUUUUCGUUCUUUCGCAUGAACGUGUAAAGCUUUUUUUUCAUUUUCGAGUCGAUUGGCCUACUGGUGCAGGAUUCACGUGGCAAGAUGCCGACUCUCGUGGAUGAUCCACAGAUACGAAGCGCAUCUUUGCACAACCCACUGCCCAUCCAGCUGCACGCUUACGUGUGGCCGUUUUUGAUUGCUUGGCCUGUUUUCUUCUCCAUCUAUCUACCAUCCGAGCUCUACGAUACGUACAUACAGGGGCAAGAAUGGACUUUUGUUUACUCGGGAUCCAUCAUCACACUGCAAUCACUGCUUUGGCUGAUGACAAAAUGGAGCGUUGAUUUCAAUACCUUGUUCAGAACAACCCGAUCGAAAUCGAUAGAUCGCGCUGAAUUAAUCAAAGUGAUACCAGUCGCGAACGCGGGCACUGCUGAGAUUUGCAAAUUGGUAAAGGAUGUAAAGGGUGGCAAACAUACAAUUUCAUUCCUUUUUCAGAAGCGACGCUUUCUGUACUAUCCCGAACGCCAGACGUUUGCGCCAUUAUCGUACGUUCUUGAUGCGACCCCAAAGCCAGCCAUCAAAACCUUCCAACAAAGCCGAGGCUUGACUAGCAAAGCCGAAGUCGAGAGUAUCCAGUACCAUUAUGGCGACAACACGUUUGAUAUCCCUGUACCGACCUUCGUUGAGUUAUUUCAAGAACAUGCAGUCGCUCCGUUUUUCGUAUUCCAAGUGUUUUGUGUCGGUCUUUGGAUGCUGGACGAAUACUGGUACUAUUCUCUGUUCACGCUCUUUAUGCUGAUCGUGUUUGAAAGUACGGUUGUAUGGCAGCGCCAGAGAACUCUCAACGAAUUCCGUGGUAUGAAUAUCAAGCCUUACGAUGUAUGGGUCUUCCGAGAGAAUAAAUGGCAGGAGGUCACUAGCGACAAAUUGCUCCCCGGAGACCUUGUGUCGGUGAACAGAACCAAGGAAGAUGGUGGAGUAGCCUGUGAUAUACUCCUUAUUGAAGGCAGCGCAAUUGUCAAUGAGGCAAUGCUCUCGGGAGAGAGUACACCCUUGUUGAAAGAUUCGAUCCAACUACGGCCAAGUGACGAUUUGAUUGAACCAGACGGAUUUGAUAAGAACGCAUUCGUGCAUGGAGGUACCAAAGUCUUGCAGAUAACGCAUCCUAACUUGGGCGAUCUCUCCGAAAAGGCCGCUGAGGCCAACGCUGGUGUUCCUGCUCCUCCCGACAAUGGUGCGUUGGGCAUCGUGGUCAAAACUGGUUUUGAAACCAGUCAAGGUAGCCUUGUACGAACGAUGAUAUAUUCCACUGAGCGUGUAUCUGCAAACAACGCCGAAGCUCUGCUGUUCAUUUUGUUCCUCCUUAUUUUCGCCAUUGCUGCCGCCUGGUAUGUCUGGCAAGAAGGUGUUUCCAAAGACCGAAAGCGAUCAAAGCUUAUGCUUGAUUGCGUGUUGAUCAUCACGAGUGUGGUUCCUCCGGAGCUUCCUAUGGAACUCAGUCUGGCAGUGAACACUAGUCUUGCUGCCUUGAGUAAAUUCGCUAUUUUCUGUACUGAGCCAUUCCGCAUUCCAUUUGCCGGCCGGGUUGAUAUUGCAUGCUUCGAUAAAACUGGGACUCUUACAGGCGAAGACCUUGUCGUUGAUGGUAUUGCGGGCCUUGCUCUUGGACAGCAAGGUGCAAAAGUUGAUGCGGAUGGGGCUAACACAGAGUUAAGCAAGGUGUCUGAUGUUGGCACGGACACGACCCUCGUGCUUGCAACAGCCCAUGCUCUUGUCAAGUUGGACGAAGGAGACGUUGUUGGUGACCCUAUGGAAAAAGCUACUUUGACUUCUCUCGGUUGGACUCUCGGCAAAAAUGAUACCCUUACCAGCAAAACAGUUCCUAGUGGAUCAGGAACCCGAGGACCGGAAUCAGUUCAGAUUAAGAGAAGAUUCCAAUUCUCGUCAGCUUUAAAACGUCAAAGUUCAAUUGCCCAUGUCAUAACAACUGACCGAUCAUCCAAUAAGAAACACAAAGCAACCUUUGUUGGUGUGAAGGGUGCUCCUGAAACAAUUCGCAGCAUGCUAAUCAACGCGCCUCCGCACUACGAGGAAACCUUCAAAUACUUUACCCGUAAUGGAGCGCGUGUCUUGGCUCUAGCUUACAAGUUUCUGUCCACGGAUGCCGACCUUGGUCAAGGCCGUAUUAACAACUAUUCUCGAGACGAAAUCGAGUCUGAUCUCCAUUUUGCUGGAUUCCUCGUCUUGCAAUGCCCUCUCAAGGAGGAUGCUAUCAAGUCUGUUCGCAUGCUUAAUGAGAGUAGUCACCGUGUUGUUAUGAUUACUGGUGAUAACCCUCUCACUGCUGUUCAUGUUGCACGCCAAGUUGAAAUUGUUGACCGGGAGGCACUGAUUCUGGAUGCACCUGAAAAUGAUACCACCGGCCAGAAACUGGUCUGGCGAAGCGUUGAUGAUAAGUUCAACUUGGAGGUGGACCCGUCGAAACCGCUUGACCGGGAGAUAUUGCGGACCAAGGAUAUCUGCGUUACUGGGUAUGCACUGGCCAAAUUUACGGACCAGCAGACUUUCACUGAUAUUCUCCGGCACGCUUGGGUGUACGCACGUGUUUCUCCUAAGCAGAAAGAGGACAUUCUCAUUGGCUUGAAAGCUGCGGGAUAUACAACCCUAAUGUGUGGUGACGGUACAAAUGAUGUUGGAGCUCUCAAGCAGGCCCACGUCGGUGUUGCUCUUCUCAAUGGAAGCCCCGAGGAUCUUACAAAGAUUGCCGAACAUUUCCGCACGACAAAGAUGAAGGAGAUCUAUGAAAAACAAAUACAGAUGAUGGCGCGAUUCAACCAGCCAGCUCCUCCAGUUCCAGUGCAUAUCGCUCAUUUGUACCCUCCCGGUCCUACUAACCCACACUAUCAGAAGGCUAUAGAACGCGAAGCUCAGAAGAAGGGUGCCGCUGCAGUUGCCUCGACGGAUGGUGCCAAUGGAACUCCAGGAGUAGUAGUGCCAGCUACGCAACGAUCAUCUCAACAACCCACACCUCAGCAAAGACACCAGCAACAGGCUCAGGCUGCCGCUGCCGGAUUGGCUGAUAAACUUACUUCGUCGAUGAUGGACUCCGAAUUGGAUGACGAGCCACCCACUAUCAAACUGGGCGACGCAUCGGUUGCUGCUCCAUUUACGAGUAAGCUUGCAAACGUGAUCGCUAUUCCUAAUAUUCUCCGCCAGGGUCGAUGUACUCUAGUUGCCACUAUCCAGAUGUACAAGAUUCUGGCUUUGAACUGCUUGAUCAGUGCAUACAGCCUGAGUGUCAUCUACCUUGAGGGAAUUAAAUUCGGAGAUGGUCAAGUAACUAUCAGCGGCAUACUGAUGAGUGUCUGCUUCCUUUCGAUUUCUCGUGCCAAGUCUGUGGAAGGCCUCUCUAAGGAGCGACCUCAACCGAAUAUCUUCAACAUAUACAUCAUCGGCUCUAUUCUUGGACAAUUCGCUAUUCAUAUCGCUACGCUGGUUUAUCUUUCUAACUAUGUCUACAAGACUGAACCACGUACCGACGAUGUGGAUCUUGAAGGGGAAUUCGAGCCAUCCUUGCUCAACAGUGCCAUUUACCUUCUUCAACUCAUCCAACAAAUUUCCACCUUCUCUAUCAAUUACCAAGGACGACCUUUCCGUGAGUCGAUCCGCGAGAACAAGGCCAUGUAUUGGGGCCUAAUUGGAGCGUCGGGCGUCGCCUUCUCAUGUGCGACGGAGUUCAUUCCCGAAAUUAACGAGCAGUUGCGAUUGGUGCCUUUCAGCAAUGAGUUCAAGAUCACUCUCACGGUGCUGAUGAUCCUUGACUAUGGCGGCUGUUGGCUCAUUGAGACCGUAUUGAAGAACCUCUUUAGCGAUUUCCGGCCUAAGGAUAUUGCUGUGCGCCGCCCUGAUCAGUUGGAGCGAGAAGCUCGACGCAAGAAAUUGGAGGCGGCAGAGGCGGCUGCUGAGCAGGAGAAAGCAAGAACGGUGUAAUCUAUAGUUGCGGGUGGCGGUAUAUAACAGACACCCCAUGUAGAGUAAAGUCUUCCGAGGAGAGGAGAUCUUGGAAUAGAGAUAGAAUGUUUUAAUUUUAUGAAGCUUUAUCAAUAUAUCACUGUUCUUACUGGUGUUAUGA